ACGAUAGCGUUCACUACAUGGUUCAUGCACCAUGUUUCUAGUGCUUGCUAAGCUGUAAUCAAUCGACGUUAAUACGCAUAUAAAACCCCUCCUCUCGUUGCUCUAUCACUCUAUGGAAAAUUUGGGAGGUGGUCGUAGCAUAGCAAUGGCGAGAGUUGUGGUGGUUUUCGACUUUGACAAAACCCUUAUUGAUUGUGAUAGUGAUAACUGGGUGGUGGAAAAGCUAGGCGUUAAUGACACCUUUACUGAGCUCCUCCCUACCUUGCCCUGGAACUCACUCAUGGAUCGGAUGAUGAUGGAGCUUCACUCUAGGGAAAAGACAAUUCAGGAUAUUGCAGAGUGCUUGAAACAGGUUCCUCUGCAUCCAAAGAUUACCAAAGCAAUUAAAUCAGCCCAUGCUUCUGGGUGUGAUUUGAGGAUAGUAAGCGAUGCAAACACCAUCUUCAUCGAGACAAUCUUGAAACAUUAUGGGCUGAUGGAUUGCUUCUCUGAGAUAACCACAAACCCAUGCUAUGUGGAUGCAGAAGGCAGGCUGAGAAUCUUACAGUACCAUGAGUUCAAGUCAUCUUCUCAUGGCUGCACAAUCUGCCCUCCAAACAUGUGCAAGGGUCUGGUGAUGGAAAGGAUGCGAGCUUCUGUUUCUGCUCAAGGAAAGAACCGGUUCAUUUAUGUUGGUGAUGGAAGUCCGGAUUUUUGUGCAGCAAUGAAGCUUGAACAAGGAGACAUCGUGAUGCCAAGGAAGAAUUUCCCUUUGUGGGAGUUGAUUUACGGCAACAAAAACCUUAUCAAGGCAAAUAUUCAGGAAUGGAGUGAUGGGGAGGAGCUAGGCACCAGGCUACUCGAUUCAAUCAACACCAUCCUCAAUGAAGAGAAGUGCUGCAGUGUAGAACCUGGUCCUUUGGUUCCAGUUUAUUGUAAUUUUCAGAGAGCUUCAUCAAUCUCUGCACAUGAUGCACAAACCAUAAAUGUACUCCCAGUUCGUCGCUAGAUGGGGCCAAAGAGCACCAUUCUUGUUUCCACUGCUGUUGAUUAUUUACGCUAGCAAUAGCAUGACUAUCUUACUGA